AAAUAAAAAGUUAUGAGUGCUAAAACUGCAGUAAAUGGCGGUGGGCCUUUGCCACAACGACCACAAAAAAAUCAAGGAGACAAAAACCAAGAUAAAGCAUUGGAUGGUCCAGCUGAAAAGAAGCCACGCUUUAAUCAAGGCGGUGGACCCAUGCAGAACAAUCAGAACCAGAAUAAAGGUUUUGGUGGAAAUAAGAAUAAUCAAGGCUUCGGCAAUAGAAAUAAAAAUCGGGGAGGUGGCAAUCAGAAUGCUAACAAAGGCAAUUUCCAAAAUCAACAGAAUCAGAAUCAGAAUCAACAACAAAAUAACAAUCAGCAAUUUCAACAAAAUAGACAGCAGCAGCAGGGUGGUGGUGGAUUCGGCGGUGUCGGCUUCGGUGGUGGCAAUAACAAUGAUGGUGGCAUGGGAGGCCGAGGUGGUGGUCAGCGCGAUCGUGGUCAAAAACGUGAUCGUAAUUUCGGAAAUCGUGAUGGCCGUGAUGGUGGUGGCCCAAGAGGUGGUCCCGGUGGUGGCGAUGGUGGUCCACGUGGUGGUGGUCGCAACGACGAAUUCUUUGUUAAUCAGCGUUUGCGUUCUAUCUCAGGCCCCACCCAUGAACUUGAACCCAUUCAAGCAUCUGAGGAAAGCAAAUUCUCUGGACGUAAUCGUCUCUACGUCGGUAAUCUAACCGGUGAAGUCAGUGAAGAAGAGUUGAGAGAACUCUUCAAGCCAUACGGUGAAAUAGCCGAGGUCUUCUGCAAUUCAGAAAAGAACUUUGCAUUCCUUAAAAUGGAUUAUCAUGCCAAUGCUGAACGUGCAAAGCGCGAACUCGAUGGUACAAAUCGCAAAGGACGCGUUUUGCGCGUUCGUUUCGCCCCCAAUGCCACAGUUUUGCGAGUCUCAAAUCUAACACCAUUCGUCUCAAAUGAAUUGCUGUACCGUGCUUUUGAAAUCUUUGGUCCAAUUGAGAGGGCUAUGGUCAAUGUAGACGAUCGUGGUAAAUCUACUGGUGAGGGUAUUGUUGAGUUUGCUAAGAAGUCGUCGGCCAACAUUUGUCUGCGCUACUGCAAUGAGAAGUGUUUCUUCCUCACUGCCUCGUUGAGACCAUGUGUCGUUGAACCAUUCGAUUUGACAGACGACAAUGACGGUUUGCCCGACAAGUCGUUGAAUAAAAAAUUGUCAGAAUUCAACCAUGAACGCGGCAUUGGACCUCGCUUUGCUGAACGCGGCAGCUUUGAACAUGAGUACGGCACCAGAUGGAAGCAGUUGCAUGAAUUAUUCAAGAGCAAACAGGAGGCUCUGAAACGUGAAUUAAAAAUGGAGGAAGAGAAGUUGGAAGCUCAGAUGGAGUAUGCUCGUUACGAGCAUGAAACAGAGCUUCUCAGACAAGAAUUGCGCAAACGUGAGUCCGACAAUGAACGUAAGAAGAUGGAAUGGGAAAUGCGCGAGAAACAAGCCGAAGAAAUGCGCAAACGUGACGAAGAACAAGUGCGUCGUCAACAAAGCGAAAUGCAAUCGCGUAUGUUGCGCCAAGAAGAGGAAAUGCGCCGCCGUCAACAGGAAAACACAUUGUUUAUGCAAGCCCAACAGUUGAACUCUUUGCUAGAUCAGCAAGAGGGUGGUUUCAGUGGUAAUUGCAAUAACUUUGAUGGCUUUGGAAACAAUCCAAAUCCAUUCGAUUUCAGAGGCAAUAACAAUGGACCAAAUGGUCCCAAUGGCCCUAAUGGCCCCAAUGGUCCCAAUGGACCAAACAACCCACAGGAUUUCGGAUUUGAAUUUGGUGGUAACCAAAAUCAGCCAAGUGGUGGUGAUAAUGGAAAUCGUGGAGGCGGCGCUCAACGCGGUGGAAACAAUGGCGGCGGUAACAACAAUCCAUGGGAACGCCGAAGACGUUUCUGAGAUGAAGCUACAGACGAUUCACCUAUAUUGAUACAUACCUAAAUAAUUAGCACAUAAAACUGA